CCGCCCCCGCCCCGCCCCAUCGUGGCCGCAGCCGCCGCCGCCGCCGAGCUUCCGGGGGCGCCACAUAAGUCCCGCCUGAGGGGCAGCGGCCGCCGCGCUGAGCAGGGCGGAGGGGAGCGGCCGCGGUACCUGGGCUGCAGCCGGUUAGCAAUGGUACGCAGUGGAAAAAAUGGUGGCCUCCACCUGAAGCAGAUUGAAUACUACAAAAGAACGGGGGAAUAUCAUCCCACCACGUUAUCAAGUGAAAGAAGUGGAAUCAGGAGAGCAGCCAAAAAAUUUGUUUUCAAAGAAAAUAAAUUGUUCUAUGUCGGAAAAGACAGAAAACAAAUGCGCCUGGUAAUUGUUUCAGAUGAAGAGAAGAAAAAGGUGCUUGCGAAAUGCCAUGAAAAUGCUGCAGGCACACAUCACGGUAUAUCAAGGACACUGACCUUAGUGGAAUCUAAUUACUACUGGACCUCUAUAACAAAUGAUGUCAAACAGUGGGUAUAUGCAUGCCAGCAUUGCCAAGUGGCAAAGAAUACAACCACCACCACGCCCAAACCACACCCUAUCAAAGCAGAGGACCCCUGGACAGCAGUCACUGUAGCCCUAGUGGGACCUUUUAAUGUUACCAACAGAAGCCACAAGUAUAUCAUAAUCAUGAUAGAUUUGUUCACAAAAUGGGCUGUUAUUUUGCCUCUGCAUGACACUUCAGCAGCUGAAAUUGCUAAGGCAAUCAUCAGUGUAUUUUUCUUAUAUGGACCACCUCAAAAAAUGCCUAUUGAUCAAGGGAAGGAGCUUGCUCAUCAGAUAAACAAAGAACUAUUUGCGCUGUUUGGAAUGAAACAAAUAGUAUUGUCUUAUCCUCAGACUGAUGAAGUUAAUGAAAGAACAUGCAAGACAAUCAAAGCUUUCCUUAACAAAUACUGCACAGACCAUCCAAAUGAUUGGGAUGAACAUCUGUCAGCUAUUGCCUAUGCAUUCAAUUUGACUAAUCUGGAGCCAGAUCAAACCACUCCCUAUUUCCAAAUGUUUAAUCGUAACCCAUACGUUGUUGAACCAAUGAAUGUAUGUAUGGAAGAAGACAAUAUGUUUGCCAAAAUAUUUGAAGCAACCAAAAGAGCCAGUCAAGCACUGGAAGAAGAGAAAACCUCAGACUGUCAGGUGGAGAAAACCUCUUCAGAUGAACAGAAAACCAGAAACAAAAUCACUGUCAAAAAGAAGACAAAGCAAUUAAAUACCCUUCAACUUAAAGUUGGUCAUGAAGUUCUCAGACAAAGAAAAAACUGGUGGAAAGAUGGUCGUUUCCAGUCAGAAUGGGUUGGUCCAUGUAUUAUAGAUUAUAUCACAGAUAAUGGAUGUGCAAUUUUAAGAGAUGCUACAGGAUCCAGGUUGAAAAGACCCAUCAAGAUGUCUCACCUCAAGCCAUACAUAAGAGGGUCCAAUGAAAAAGACAACCACUACUUCUUACAAGGUGCAGUAGUUGUUGACCAUGACUACAUUGGUGUAUCUGAAAGAUCAUAUACUCCAAGCCAGCAAGACCCUAUCGCUGAAGGGGAAAUCAACACCUAUGCAAGAGGUGUCAUGUCUGCGGCGCAAAUGCCACCUUCAGCCUGCAAAGACCAAGAUCCAACAGAUGGCAAACAUCAGUCUGAGGCAACAGAAGAUCAUUGCAUUGAACCAAACAAUGCAAAGCCAGAGCAAUGGCCUUCACCUUGCUGGACACUUCCGACCAAGAUAGAAGACACUUAAGCAAACGGUCUCCUGUCAUAGUUCAGUGGCAGUUUGGAGUGCCUGUGGCAUACUGAACAGUUCUAAAUUCCUCAGCCAAAUCCACUUUACUCUAUGAAUUUAAGAAUACUGCAGGUAUUCAGUGGUUAAUUUAUAUGGGCAUUAAGAAACAAUCACUCUGUUAACAAAAUGUAGGCACAACCUAGUAAAAGCACAUGUUCUACUACUGUUUGAAUUUAAGAACACUGUAAGUGUUCUUAAGUGUAAGUGGUUAAUUUACGUGGGCAUUGAGAAGUAAUCACUUGAGUACCAGAAGUACUGUCCCAACUUAGUGAAAGUGUAAGUAGUUUUCAUUGUGCAUUUGAAUUCCAAUUUUUGCUGGUAAAAUGGCAAUAUGGCCCAACCCUACUGUCACCCUCUCAGGACACAGCACAUCCUUUCACAGUAAUGAUGUUUUCAUUAAUCCUUA